CUGGAAGACAAAAGCAAACGGAGGGGGAGGGAAGAACGGCGGAGAAGGACGGAGGGAUUUUUUUUUUAACUGCGAGAAGAGUAAACUCUCCAAAACAGUCUGGAAGUGCUUCGACUAAAGCUGUGUGACUAUGAGCACCUCGGGGCUUCAGGCCACAAACCGGCAAAACGUGAAGGAGCUCGACAGCAUGAAGGAGUCCAUCAGUGACAUUAUCAACCAGCUCCAGGACAUCGACCCAACCAGGCUCUCCUUCUCCCCGUUCCUGGACCUGGACACUCAGAUCUCCUUGGCGCCGGUAUCAGACAGUCCCGAGUCAUCAGUGGAGGAGCUGCACUCGUCCUCCCACUCUGUCUCUGGCUCCCAGCAUUCCCUUGAACCGCCACCAGCGACAGAUCAGCCAAAGAGCCCUGCUCCCUGCCACCAGCAGCCCAGAGACGACCUCCCAGAGGAGCCACGUGCAAAUCAGAAGGAGGAGGGGGAGCUGGAUCAAACUCUUUCCAGUCCCAUCAUCACAGAGCACGAUUUGGACGCUGCCACGGAAAACUGCAUCGGCUUUCCAACCCCGGCCUCUCAGGGAGACAUUCCCAACGGCACAGACACGCCGAGGUGGAGCCCAGAGUCCACAAACUUGGAUUCAACAGUAGAUGAGGGUCGACCUCUGAUAGGCCCCCCGCCGGAGAGCGUGGAGCUGACUGUGUGGAGCUCAGAGGGGCAGGGAGAGACUUAUGUGGCCACGGAGGAGGCCGCAGAUCGGGGACGAUGCUGCUGCCACUGCUGCCAGUGUCGAUGCUGUAAGAGCGGCCGGGUUCCCGCUUUCCUCUCAGUCCUGGCGUCUCUUCUGUGUGCAUCUGGGCUCCUCUAUGCACUCUAUAUCUACGUCCCCAUUAAACCCCCCGACUACCCUGACACACCGAGCCGCAUCGUCUUCACCCUGUGCUGCUGCGUGGUGGCAGCCGUCCCCAUCCUGCUCGCAAUGAUUAUUGGAGCAGUGUGCCAGUUCUGCACAGCCUCCUUCGAUCCGAUGGACACAACUUCCAGAAGACGGGUGGUGCAGCAGCUGUUUGUCACAGCGUCCAUGGAGCAGUUACUCCUCUACAUCCUCAACCUUGUUGUCAUGGCCACGUUACUGCCUCAGGACCAGCUCAAGUUGGUGCCAAUACUGGUCGCCAUGUUUGUUUUAGGAAGGCUUGUUUACUGGGUCAGCCUAAACGUGUGCAGCUCUUGGCGAGGCUUCGGCUCAGGUCUGACCUUCUUCCCACUCCUCGCCAUGGUUGCUCUCAAUCUGUUCCUCAUCUACAACCUGAAUCUUAAAGAACCGCUUCUCGGCUCUGAGGACAUCCUCUAUAACCAGGUCACCCCCUCUUCUCCCUGGUCAGGGGAGACAUCACAGAGCCCGAGCAACAAACCAGACAUCCUACCCACAGACAUCCUGGACUCUCAGUGAGGAGGCAAGCCCUGCUUUUCUUCUGAGAGGAGGAGAUCUUUCUAAAAAUAGGCCAUUCCUGUGGUCUGCAGUUCAGCACAGCAACAUACGCUGCCACUAUAACCUCCAAAGCCUGUGACAGCUUAACUUGUAUUUCUGCUCCUCCUAUACAGGACCUUUUUAUGUGGAUUCAGGCCUAUUAUCUGGAACAAAAGAGCUCUUUCAGUGCUUGUGGCAGAGACAGCCUUUGAACAAUGCUGUAGUCUUAAAACAUUUGUCCUUUUAAGCUAUUCCAGUGCCUAUAUUUAAUGUUUGGAACUCUAAAGUACUUAAAAGCUUUGUUUUAUGUGUGGCUGAAUUUGGUUUGACCUUAAAAGAACCACAUGCAGCUUAAGUAGUAAGACUGUAUUACUAUUUCAACAAAGUUUGUACAUGAUGAAGGCAAAAUAAAAGCUGUUUGUAUAAAG